UAAAACAUUGUAAGAGGAACAAAGCUGCGCCUCGUGGGCGGAGUUGUGCUCUCCGCUAGCUAGAGCCUUGGUUCUGCUGCUGGGUGGAAGCUGGGAUCCGAGAAGCAGCGAGGUAGACCGUCUUCGGACGUUGGCUGACUCUCUUGCUAUGUCUCACGGGAUCCUUUCUCCGCCAGCGGGCUUACUGUCCGAUGAGGAUGUUGUUGUCUCCCCCAUGUUUGAAUCCACAGCUGCAGAUCUGAUGUCUGUGGUUCGAAAGGACCUGUUGUCAGACUGCUCUGUCAUCUCCACCUCUCUGGAGGACAAACAGACUCCGUUUGAGGAUACUGCAGAGAGGGUGAAAGUUUACCUUCGAAUCAGACCCUUUUUAACUUCUGAGUUGGACCGACAGGAAGAUCAGGGCUGUGUCCAUAUUGAGAAUACAGAAACUCUUAUGCUACAAGCACCCAAAGACUCCUUUGCCUUGAAGAGCACUGAGAGGGGAAUUGGUCAGGCCACCCACAAAUUCACCUUUUCCCAGAUAUUUGGGCCAGAAGUGGGCCAGGCGCCCUUCUUCAACCUGACUGUGAAGGAGAUGGUAAAGGAUGUACUCAAAGGGCAGAACUGGCUCAUAUACACAUAUGGAGUCACCAACUCGGGGAAGACGUACACAGUUCAAGGUACUACUAAGGAUGGGGGGAUCUUGCCCCGGUCCCUGGCUCUCAUCUUUAAUAGUCUCCAAGGCCAACUUCAUCCGACACCUGAUCUGAAGCCCUUGCUUUCCAGUGAAGUAAUCUGGCUAGACAGCAAACAGAUUCGCCAGGAGGAAAUAAAGAAGCAAUCCUUACUAACUGGAGGCCUCCAAGAGGAGGAGCUGUCCACCUCCUUGAAGAAACGUGUCCACAUUGACAGUCGGAUAGGUACCAGCACCAGCUCUGACAGUGGCAUUGCCGGGCUCUCUUCGACCAGUCAGCUCAGCAGCAGUAGCCAGCUGGACGUAACAAGUCAUUCAUGGGCACAGCCAGACACUGCCCCAGUAAGUGUCCCAGCAGACAUCCGCUUCUCUGUUUGGAUCUCCUUCUUUGAGAUCUACAAUGAAUUGCUUUAUGACCUGUUAGAACCACCUAACCAUCAGCAUAAGAGACAGACACUGCGGCUGUGUGAGGAUCAGAAUGGCAAUCCUUAUGUGAAAGACCUCAACUGGAUCCAUGUUCGCGAUGUUGAGGAAGCCUGGAAACUCCUGAAAGUGGGUCGUAAGAACCAGAGUUUUGCCAGCACCCACCUGAACCACAACUCUAGUCGCAGUCACAGCAUCUUCUCAAUCAGAAUCUUGCAUCUUCAGGGAGAAGGGGAUAUAGUGCCCAAGAUCAGUGAACUGUCACUCUGUGAUUUGGCUGGCUCAGAGCGCUGCAAAGAUCAAAAGAGUGGCGAGCGGCUAAAGGAGGCAGGAAACAUUAACACUUCUCUGCAUACGCUGGGCCGCUGUAUUGCUGCCCUGCGGCAAAAUCAGCAGAACCGGUCAAAGCAGAACCUGAUUCCUUUCCGCGACAGCAAGUUGACUCGUGUGUUUCAAGGCUUCUUCACAGGUCGAGGCCGUUCAUGUAUGAUUGUCAAUGUGAAUCCCUGUGCAUCUAAUUAUGAUGAGACUCUUCACGUAGCCAAGUUCUCAGCCCUUGCCAGCCAGCUUGUGCAUGCCCCACCUAUGAAUUUGGGAAUCCCAUCCCUGCAUUCAUUCAUCAAGGAGCAUAGUCUUCAGGUAUCCCCUGGCUUACAGAAAGGGGUCAAGACUGACUCAGACCUUGAUGACCAUCCUGAAAAUGAAGCUGACAUCUCUAUGUAUGGCAAGGAGGAGCUACUGCAGGUGGUGGAAGCCAUGAAAACACUGCUUUUAAAAGAACGACAAGAAAAGCUGCAGUUAGAGAUGCAGCUCCGCGAGGAAAUUUGCAACGAGAUGGUAGAACAGAUGCAGCAGCGGGAGCAAUGGUGCAGUGAGCAUUUGGACAACCAAAAGGAACUACUGGAGGAAAUGUAUGAAGAGAAGCUGAAGAUCCUCAAGGAAUCAUUGACAAGUUUCUACCAAGAAGAGAUUCAGGAGCGGGAUGAAAAAAUUGAAGAGCUAGAAACUCUGUUGCAGGAAGCCAAACAGCAACCAGUGGCUCAAAUGUCAGGGUCUGAACUGUCCUUACGGCGGUCACAAAGGCUGGCAGCUUCUGCCUCCACUCAGCAGCUCCAGGAAGCUAAAGCUAAACUAGAAAAAUGCAAAGCAGAGCUAAUCUCUACCACUGAAGAACCGCAAAAGUACCAGCAAAUGUUGGAACCACCAGCCAUAGCCAAGCCCUUCACCAUUGAUGUGGAUAAGAAGUUAGAGGAGGGCCAGAAGAAUAUAAGGAUGCUAAGGAUAGAGCUUCAGAAAAUAGGACAGUCUCUCCAGUCAGCAGAAAGGGCCUGCUGUCACAGCACUGGGGCAGGAAAGCUUCGCCAAGCCUUGACCAAUUGUGAUGACAUCUUAAUCAAACAGAACCAGACCCUGGCUGAGCUACAGAAUAACAUGAUGCUAGUGAAACUGGACCUUCAGAAAAAGACAGCCUGCAUUGCUGAGCAGUAUCACACUGUGCUGAAGCUCCAAGGCCAGGCUUCUGCUAAAAAGCGGUUGGGAACAAACCAGGAAAACCAGCAACCAAAUCAUCAACCCCCAGGAAAGAAGCCAUUCCUUCGCAACUUACUUCCCCGAACACCCACCUGCCAAAGCUCAACGGACAGUGGCCCUUACACGCGGAUCUUGCGCUCUCGGCACUCUCCUUUGCUCAGAUCUCCUUUUGGCAAAAAAUACUAAGGUUGUGGGGAUGAAGACACAUGCUUGUUGCCCUAAAGUUGGUGAGCUGCUCAACUUAUAAGUCUCUUAAGCUCCAUAUAUAUAUAUGUAUGUAUAUCUCCUGAACUGUAUCACGAAUUAUUAUAUUAUAAUCACAUAUAUAAUCUCAUUUUUCAUGCACAAAUAUUAUACUGAAUAAAGACACUUUAUGCUUUUA